UGUGGCUGCAGUGUCGCAGCAGCUGGGCGACGCCGGCCAUGGCUGCCACGUGGGUCCCGCCUCUGGCGCUCGCCUUGCUCAUCUUACCAACUUCAGCAGCCAGUGAGAUCCGAUACAAGGAGAUUGACAUCGGCAGCCUCACGUGCAAUGAAAUGAAAGACGUGGAGCCACUGGAGGGUUGCCGGUUUUCCUUCGUCAACGGAACUGAGCAACAGGUCAGCUGUAAAUUGGUUGUCAAACAGAAACAGGACAACGACAAUGCUUUGUCCUUCCGGAAGAUUAUGCUCAAUACGAUGAAUUUCCGCAUUCUUGGUGCGUUAUCAAGUGACCAGCAUGCCUACUGUGCUUCAAUUGCAUCUAUUCACUUACAAAUAAGGGACAACGACAUAACAGAGAGCCAUACCGAAGCUGAUCUGCCUCCUGGCUUCAUCACCUUCCUAAAUUUCUUCACAAACGACAGCUUUGCUCACAUCGACUUCACCAAGGAUGUUCCUGUAGCUACUGUCAGCCUCUCCCCGGAGUGUCAAGGUUUGCCAAGGAAGGACCUGCGGUCGGAGUGCGUGGACAAGGUCUUGUUUCUGAAGGAAAUUAAACGAGGGACGUUUAAACUAGAUUUCAACGGUGACCAUUUCUGGAGCUUCCUGAAGAGACGCUUUGUCGAAAACCUCGGCGCCGAGUUGACGCAGCUGUCGAUAACCAAAUCCGAUCGGCUGUCCCUCGUCCCGCUCCAGUUCAUUACGCGGGUGCUGUCCCCGGAGCUGCGCAUGAAGGAGCUGACGGCCGCCGGGAUGCCUCUGGGCGAGGUGCGCGAGCCGCUGGUCGCCAUGCCAACGCUGCAAGUGCUCCGGCUGCCCGGGGACGGCAUCACUAAACUCGGUGCAGCGGCACUGCAGUCUGUGCCCGAACUGAAAGAGUUGGACCUGUCUGCCAACGAGCUGGAAGAGCUGCCGCAGUCGUUACCUGGAGGGCUGGAGAUCCUCAACGUCGCCUACAACAGACUAUCUGCCCUCACAACGCUUUCCGCCUCCCUCCUCAACCUCAACGUUUCCAACAACAACAUCGCGACGCUGCCGGAGCCGCUACCCGCUGGUCUGGAGACGCUGGAUGCGUCCCACAACAGGCUGCAGCGGUUGCCCCAGGGCCUGCCAGCUGGGCUGCAGCUGCUGUCACUCUCCCACAACCAGCUGCAGGUGCUGCCUGACAAGCUGCCGCCCAAGCUACAAGUCCUGCAGGUGUCACACAACCAGCUGCAGACGCUGAGUCCGCAGAUGCUGGUGCCGCUGCAGCAGCUGCAGGUGCUCGACGUGUCCCACAACGAGCUCACCACCGCCGACGGCCUGUGGCUGUCCCACCAGCUGCGGCUGCUCAACAUCUCCCACAACGCGCUGCUCCACCUCAGGCUGCUGGGACCGGGAAACGCGUCACACAUCGACGCCUCCUACAACCGAAUCGAAUCUUGGAAGGUUCGAGCGGGUCAUCUAACCUUGGUGGGGAAUGCACGAUCACCACUGGGACUCCAGUUCCUCAGAGCUGAUGAUUCGGGAAUGACCAUAGACCUGGGCGACAACAUGCUGCUGAGCUGUGAUCCCUGCUCAAGUGAUGCUGAAGUCACUCGGCAGCUACGCCAGUGGAUGGAAAAACAAAGAAAUACGUCGUCGGACAGACUUCGAGUGGUGCGUCCGGAGCAGCCGGUAUGCAGCGAGCCGCAAGAGCGAGCCGGCAAGCCCGUGGCGAGGAUGGAAGACCUGGAGGAGCGGUCCGGCUGCCCCGGGUCCCCCCGCUACGUGGCCCAGUUCCUCGUGCUGCUCAUCAGCCUGCUCGCAGUGAUAGUAGCCAUAACCCUCCUCUGCUACCAUCGCAGGUACGAGAUAACGUACGUGUUUCACCUGAUGAAAAUGCGGCGUGAGAGGGUGGCCGCCGAGCGGCGCCACCCCUCAAGCUACAAGUACGACGCCUUCGUCUGCUACAGCAGCGCAGACCGCGCCUGGGUGGUGGGCCAGCUGCUGCCCAAACUGGAGCAUGCCGGGGAUUCCCCUGACGAGCCGGCGCUGCGCCUAUGUCUGCACGAGAGGGACUUCCCGCUCGGAUCCUUCAUUGCUGACAACAUCGUUUCCUCCAUGAAGGACAGCCGCUCCACCGUCAUCGUCCUGUCUCAAGCGUUCGUCGACAGCCAGUGGUGCCGGUGGGAACUGGAGGUGGCGUCGAACAAGGUGCACCACCUGGUGCUGCUGGAGCUGGAACGGAUGAACCGGUCGCGCCUGCCGCGAAACCUGCGCUACCUGAUGGACACGCGCACCUACCUGGAGUGGCCAGCGCAGCGGCGGGCGCAGGAGGCCAAAUGGAGGCAGCUGCGGGCCGUGCUCGCCGCCCCGGGCGCCCCCAGAAGCGCCGCCGCAGACGGCAGCGCCGGCGCCGAUGCCGGAACGCCCAGUGCAAGCGAACAGCCGCAACAGAACGGCUGCCUGAAGGACCAUCAAGUGUGACUCUGACCGUGCAUACAGGUUCAUCACUUCGUUUUGGACUACGUUUCACUGUUAUAAGCAGCUUUUACUGUGUAAGGACUGCCUUAAUAUCCGUCAAUUACAGUGAUAGAGUGGAAGCUACAGAUCGCUACCGCUAUCGAAAGUUGACGUACUCAGCGGAAGCUGUAGGUGUCGUAGAUCGCGCAGGAUAUGGUGUCAGAUGCACAAUGACCAGUUUUCGUCCAAAGCGCUGGGCCGCCCCCCGGAGACCCUGCACCCCAUCCUCGCCUGUUUCCCUCCCACGUCCAUCCCUCCCCCGCCCUCUUCGGCGCGCACCCCGCCCCUCUCUUCCCCUCCCUCCCUUCUUCCCUUCUCCAUCAUCUCCUUGCGCCUGGCACAUCCUCCGUUUUGAUCAUCCAGUGUGCCACGUCAGUGUUGUAUUUGGUGCUGUUCUCUUGUGCGUCGAGAGAUGCGAUUUUAAUUGUGUGCUGGCCUUGUACUUAGUCUUACUGUCAGUGAUUGUUAUGUGGUACGCCAUCCGUCGAUACUUUUAUGCUCCUGUCAUAUUUCGCCUUAUGUUCUUUUAAUUGUCGCAGUGUGUGAUUUUUUGUGUGGACUAC